CUAGCUUCCUGUCAACUCACAGUGUGAAUGGGAACAUGGCGGAGAUGGAAGGUAGUACGUCUGUCGGUGAAGAAGUCUCGGCCGAUAUGGCGAUCGCUUCGCCCUCUGUCUCUGACUCUGGUGGAUCAGACAACUCGGAGAAAUCAGAGGAAGAAUUGUUUGAAGUGGAGAGGAUCGUAGGAUUGUCUAAAAUUCGGGGUAGGACGCUGUACAAAGUGAGGUGGAAGAACUACGGGCCAGCUGACGACACCUGGGAACCGGUGGACAAUCUCCAGUCCUGUCUCGACCUUGUGGAAGACUUCCAGCAGAAAAGGGAGGAAGAUAAGAAAAGGAGAGCAGAGGAAAGAAGGAAAAAGAAGGCUCAAAUGGAAGGAAAAGGCUCAACAGAUGAAGACGAUUCUUCCAGAGACAGCACCGAUGCCCCCAAACCAGUUUCCACAUUCAAAAACACAUUUUGGAAAGACCUUGAAGAAGGGAAGGUGAACUUGUUCCACACAGACAUGUACUCUAAGGUCAAAGAGGGAGGAAGGGCUUCAAGGCCAACUUGUCUCAAGGACAAACAUCAGAAUGUUAAGUCAGAGGAGUCCAAAUCCUCCAAAAAGCGAAGGACGCCAACAGUGAAAAAGGAAGCCAGGAAAAAGGAGAGGGACAAGAGAGCUCAUUGUUUAUCUUCCGAGUUUGUCACAUCCAGUGAGGAUGAAGUCGUGAACAGUGAUUAUGAAAUUGUCAAGAGUGACACAAGUACGCCCAACAAUAAACUAACACAUGAUUAUUCAGACUCCUCUAGUGAAAAUUCUGUCAGAAUGCCAGUUCUUAAAAUUAAGAAAUUGAAGAGCAGUGAAGAUAGAAGUGACAGUAACUCGGAAAAUGAAGAUGGAAGGUCAAAGGAUACUCUGAUAAAGAAAGAAAAAGUGCACAAACAUGACAGUGCAAAAAAGAUUAAAGUGAAAAAACACAAUAAAGAAGUGAGAGUGAAAUAUGAACCUGAAAACUUGAAUUCAGAUAAGUCAUUGUCUGUGAAAGUGGAAAACGGUAGAACUGAAAUAUCAGAAAAACCGGCCAGUCCUAUCAAAUCCUAUCUAUCCGGAGGAAACACCCCUCCUCGAAAAAUCUCUCCUGGAGAUUCCCCAAGUAACAAGCUUCCACAGGCCACCAGCACCCCAGAUGUUAAACAAUCUGAAAAAGAAAGUCAGGAAUCGUUUUCAGUGGGACUCAAGAGAAAGCAUGUGGGUUCGGGAUGUGAUUCUAAUUCUCAUUGCAAGGUGUCGAAAGUUCGGAGAAAUUCUGGACAGGCAUCUCGCGACAGUGGACUUGGAAGUUCUACGAGUAGUGUCAGUAGUAUUGAGAUGGAUCGGAACAGGUCAUCCGCAACUCGUAGAAAGGAAUCUUCUAAUUCUAUGGACUGCUCCCAGCCUCUGGAUGACUUGUGGAAUGGCUCCCUGUUGCCCUUGUUACCAGAGAGCACAAAGACUCAAGAAAGAGGGGCUGAUCUAAGUUUUGAUAUAGAGCUGGAUGACAUUGAUUUAGACCAGCUAGACAAAGAAACAGAUAGUGAAGCUGAUGCCCUUGUUAUUACUGAUGCGAAGUUCCAGCAGGCGGUGACAGAGGGGGAUUACCAGGCGGUGCGGCGGGCCCUCAGUAGCAGUAAACGCUACGAUGUGGAGGCGGUGGAUGACCUUGGGAUCACCCUCCUCAUGUACGCCGCCCAGAGUGGAUUUGAUGAUAUAGCAGAGUUAUUGGUCAGUAAUGGGGCAGACAUUAAUGCUCAACAGAAAAACGGCACAACGUCACUGAUGCUAGCAUGUGAACAUGCCUAUAUAUGUACAGUUGCUUUACUAGUUGAGUUGGGUGCCAAAAUAAAUGUUCAACAAGAUACCGGUGAAACUGCUUUGAUGAAGGCUGUAAAACGAGGCCACAAGCAGAUUGUGAAGUUUCUUCUGGAGUACGGUGCUAAUUUCUCAGCCCAAAAUAACUCGGGAUUCUCAGCUCUGACCUACGCCAAAAUGUUACGUCUUACGGAGAUAGAAGAUAUUAUUACAGAGUUUAUUACGAGACUGACAAAGGAGUUUGACAAACAAGUAGCAGUCACCCUGAACAAUACUGCCCAGAUCUCCAGCAGUCUUUUUCCAAUGCAGGUGUUUCCACUGUGUGAAUCCAGCAAAUUUGUCAUUAACUUCAAACAUGAGAUGCAACCAAACACACCAGGUGUGGGGUAUCUCCUAUUCAUUGCUCAUGCCAGAAUUACAGCUACAGACUGCAAGUGCCGAUUCUAUGGACCAUGUGCGGUCAACUCGGCCACCCUCAAUGGAGUCCCCCAACCUCCUCUCACUGAGGAGGCUAAUUUUGUAUUGUCUUGCUGUCCUCUGCAAAAUGGCAGAAAUGAGAUUGUCAUUAACACUGUCAAGGCAUCAACUUCUAAGGCUAAGUUGGUAAUAUGUGCUUAUAAAGCACAGCUGAUUGAUGGUUAAGAAACUGCUCCAAAAAAUCCCAGUGAUCUCAAGUUUGCCAAAGUUACGAUGGUACUCCACUCCAAGAUCUCAGCCCUCCACUCCAUCACCAUAGCUACAUCCAGUGCCAUGGAUACGAUGUUGUCAUAGUAACAGUACAUCAAUCCACCAUGUUCAUCUCUAUACUACCAGGGCAUUGAAUGAUUCACAAACACUGAGAGGAUAGUGCAAAUUGAAAAAAAAUCACUGUAUCAGAUUUAUGUGUACAGCUUUUUGAGACAAUGUGUUAUAUUGGUUUAUUUUGUUUGGACAGAGCUGAGUCAGCCAUUGUUUUUCACUAGUCCCUCUCCCUGUGUGGUAUGUAAGCUCACAUCUCAGAGAAAUAUUCAUUGUUUGAUGCUCCUAGAAUUUUUCUUGGCCCCCACUGGGCAUUUCUUUGUGUAGCUGUUAAUAGUCUCGAGAGAAAGGUGAAGGAAGAUGUAAAUCAGUAGUCGGGCCCGUGUGUUAGUGCUAUUAAGUGAACAGUGUUAGUUCAAGGGAGAUAAAUCGUUUUAGAAGACUGUGCGAUUGUUAUAUAUGUACAUGGUUGUGAUUGGGAAAAAAAUGUUUAAAGUUAUUCUGGUGAAUGAUUGAGGGAGUCUAUUAAGUGUUUGUGAGGAGAGUGAGAGCACUUACUCGUUUUUUAAACAUUUCUAGUAGAAUCGGCAGCUUUACUUUUCUCUAUAUACCCCUUUAUUUUCUUUUGUGUAAUGUUUAUCUGAUGAGGGAAGUUAGCUUUAUACCUUGUUUAAUCUUUUAAACAAAUUGUGUUGGAGACGGUUUUAAUGAAUUUGUUUAUAUGUAGGGAAAAAAAACUACUUUGAGAUUUAGAAUUUCAGACAAUUUGAAUCUGCGAUAAAUUUUAUCAGCUGA